AUGAAACCUUCGCAGCCUCCUCCCAAUGGCCAACCGGCCCCAAACUCCCCUGCCAAACCAAAACGCAAGAACAUCAACCCUCAAGCUCUUGUCUCAAAGUUCUGGAAAAAGUAUCACUCCAAGACUCCCGGCAAGGUGACCUCUAUUUUCCCUCAGAGUCUAUACGACUCUCUCCUUACAGACGCGGACUCAUCGGAGCCCAAAACUCGCAACGCGGCGCAGAGCUACGAGGCUGCUGCUAAGGACUGCCGUGCUCGAGUUCGUGCCGUCGUCAAAGAGUGCGAGCGUACCAAUGCCAAGUUUAGCGACCCGGACUUUGAUAUCGAGUCCGAUUUUGCGUCGCACCAGGACAAUUGUCUCUUUGGCCUCGUCAGAAAUACCUGCCCUAUCUGCGGAAGCGAUAGUGAUGAUGAUGAGGACAUAGAGUACGCUUCCACGAGUGAUGCUCGACGAACUAAGAAACCUCGCGAUCGUAAGGCCGGCGGCAAUUCAAUAAGCAAAAAGCGUGAUAGCAAUAAAGACAGCCUGCGAGGAGACGGCCCUUACCAUGGGGGCUUUGUCUGCCGGCAAAAAAGGCCUGGUUCGGUUCAUCGUAUCCCCUGGAUAUUUGAAAACCCCCAGUUCACCGUCGACGGCUUCUCCAGCUCAGACAUCAAGCAGGGUGCGACCGGCAACUGUUGGUGGCUGGCUGCUCUCGCAACUAUCGCCCAUCGAAAAGACCUGAUGAAAAAGAUAUGCGUUGCACGAGAUGAAGAAUGCGGCGUCUACGGCUUCGUCAUCUACCGCGAUGGAGAGUGGAUAUCGACUGUCGUGGACGACAACUUGUACUUGAAGUACAGGGACUUUGGAGAGGACAGCCAAGUCUACGACGCAACCCUCAAGAAGGCGCGCCAAUAUAAAAAUCAGAAGCAAACAGGUUCCGAAGCUUUGUACUUUGCCAAGUGCGAGGACCCCAACGAGACCUGGUUACCCCUGCUGGAGAAAGCAUUUGCCAAAGUUCAUGGCGAUUACCAGUCCAUGGAAGGCGGAUGGGCUGGAACAGCUGUCGAGGAUCUCACAGGCGGCGUAGCCACAGUGGUCGCGGGAAAUAGAGUUCUUCGCAAGGAGCGACUGUGGCGAGAAAUGCUUGGAUCAGAUGGAUCAGAUGGAGAGUUUGUUUUUGGCCUGUCUGCAGGUGGACCUGGAGACGAGCACAAGAACGGCAUUGUCCUACAGCAUGCUUAUUCCGUGCUCAGAGUCGCUGAAGUGCAGAACGAAGACGGUGUCAAGUUUCGCCUGGUCAAGAUUCGAAACCCCUGGGGACAGAGGUCCGAAGCCGGCCAAGGCGAGUGGCAUGGCCCAUGGUCAGAUGGUUCCAAGGAGUGGACCCCGUACAUGAUCAAGAAGCUCAAACACGAGUUCGGCGACGACGGAGUCUUUUGGAUGUCAUUCAAUGACAUGCUCGACAACUUCAAAUGGAUGUACAGAACCCGACUCUUUGAUGAGCGAUGGACUGUGGCUCAGCAGUGGUUGAGUGUCAGUAUCUCGUGGCUUACCGGCUACCUUAAGAAGAAGUUUGUUAUUGAGGUCGAGGAAGAGGGCAUGGUGGUUAUUGUUCUUUCACAGCUUGACGAACGCUACUUUACCGACCUUAAGGGGCAGUACGAGUUCGCUCUAAGCUUCCUCAUCAAGUCAUCGGAAAGCAAUAAUACCAUCUGCACCGUGCGUCCAGUGCACCAGUGGGAUCGACGUUCGAUCAACUGCGAAGUCGAACUUGAACCGGGCACCUACGAAGUCAUUCCCAAGAUCAUGGCGGAGCGGCUUGUUUGGCGGCCAAGAGUGGAAAAAAUGGUCAAGAGAGCUGCAGACGAGAACCCAAAGAAGCUACGCCAGAUCGGUCUACAGUAUGACCUAGCCCACGCAAAGGGUGGGAUUCUAGAUGAGGAUGAAGCUCUUCGUAAGAAACGUGAGGCUGAAAAGAAGAAGAAACUCAAGGGUAAGGAGCAAGAGGUCAAGAAGAAGCAAAUGACUGAGGCGAUGGCGCGAAUGGAGGAAGCGAUGGUGGCUAUGAGGAACGAGUACAACCAAUACCUCAACGAGAAAGAGAACGAAAAGGAUAAGGAGAAAAAGGAAGAGCCUGCUGAAGAGGAUGAAGAGAAGAAGAAUGAUGACGAAACUGAGCCCAAGGAACCUGUUGUCGAGACUAAAGACAAAGCAAACCAGGCGCCUCCAGGGUUUUGGCCAGAAGAUUCUCCCAGCAAGGGCGACCUGGACGUUUCGAAACAUUCCGAAACACCAGUCGAGCCAAGGAAGGAGUCGUCGUCUUCGCAUGAUACGAACGAGGCGACGGAAGAAAAGAAAAGAAUGCCUUUCCGAAUCCCAUCUCCUCGUGGUAACCGUCGCGGUAUUCCGCCACCUCCGAUCCCGUAUCAAUAUCAAUAUCAAGACCAGAGUCCUCUUCGCAACGAUAGGCGAAUGACCAUUACCGACUACAGCAUGGACACAUACCCCGUGUUUACACCACCCACGGAACCCACGUCCGAGUCGGAUCUUGACAGCUCAGCCUCUGGUUCUGGUUCCGAUACCGCAUCUGACGAUAACAACUCGUCAAGCUCAGAUAGCGAUGGCAUGAGCCUCUACCCGCGUCGACGGUUUCGCCAGCGCAAGAAGCAACCCUGGAAUGCCGUGUGCGUGAUUGGCCUUCGUGUCUAUGCUCAGCACGCAGGCAUCAAGGUACGUCUUGCUGACCAGAAGCGCGACGAGGCUACUGAGCUUGUCGCACCAGAGGCAAGCAGCGCGGCUGGUCCGACCGAGUAG